AUGGCAACCUAUAUUGUGACCGGAAGCUCCCGCGGACUGGGACUCGCCAUGAUCCAAGAACUGGCAUCUCGGGACCCCACGGAUGUCAGCCUUGUGAUCGCUGCGACUCGGAAAUCCACCGCCGCGUUAGAUGAGAUCGUCGCCCGAGAAUCCGGUCGUGUAGUUUUCAUUCCGCUAGAUGUGUCCAAUGAGGCCAGUAUCUCUAAUUGCGUCGAAACGGCAGGAUCAGUCGUGGGCCAGAAGGGAGUGGAUGUCCUGAUCAACUGCGCUGGUGUUCAUUCGUGGGUUGAGGGGAAGACUGAGAAUAUGUCCGAUCUCGACUACCAGCUUUCUGUGAACGUGGUUGGAACACAUAAUGUGACGCGCGCCUUUCUACCUCUCUUGAGAAUGGGCAAGUCGAAGAAAGUGGCUAACAUCUCGACGGCCUUUGCCUCCAUGACACAUGCGGAAAUGUCUAGGGUUGCCAACUGCCCGGCCUACAAGAUAAGCAAGGCUGCUCUCAACGCACUUACCGUUCAAUACGCCAUGUCCUACAAGGAUGAGGGAUUGAUCUUCCUUGCAGUUAGUCCCGGGUGGCUGAAAACUGAUAUGGGUGGCGAUGAUGCUCACCUCACGGCGCAAGAGGGAGCACAGGCGGUUCUGAAUGUAGUCGACAAAGCGGAUAUUAAUUCGAGCGGGACUUUUAAGAAUAUCGAUGCUCCUGGCUGGGAUAUGUAUAAUGGAAAAGAUAUUGCCUGGUAG